CAAGUAUAAGUUCGAUUAAUUUUGUUAGGUAAUUUUAGCUUUCAACUAUAUUUGUUAUUACAUUUAUAGAAAAAAGAAGAUAAAAACAGACUUUUUGGUGUGAUAAAUGGACGAACAUUCAGCACAAGAUGAGAAUAACAAAAUGGAUACAACACCCUUGCCAGUCAGUCUAAAUCCUGAAGUGAUAGAAUCUCGAAAUUUGGCACCUGAAAUUGAGCUGCCUCAGAUUUUUCAAAAGAUUGUCCAGGAACGUGGAAAUUUUAGGGACUUGGAUGAAACAGAAUUAGAAAAACAAUUGGAGGAAGAGGAAGAUUCUUCUAAGGCGUUUUCUGGUAAACAGGAUCCUUACUAUGGAUUUACCAUUCUUCCUUCUCAACAAGAAGGCAACGACGUUUCUCAGAACUCUAUGAAUAUUCAUGAUUACAAAAAAGAACUUGUAGAUUAUAUAUUGAUUGCUCAGAAUGAGUGUUCACUGGCACUCGAUAUGACUUCUUUACUUCUUUCCAAAUACAAGCAAUCUAGUUCAGACACUAUUUCACCUUUCCUGAAAUCUACUGUCCCUCCUGGGUCGCUAGGAUUGGAGCGAUGUCAUCCUCCUGAAGCAAAAGAAUCCGAUUCUAUUUUAGCUAUGUGCUGGAAAAGAAAGUCUCUAACGUCUUCGAAGAACUUGCUUUUCGAUGCAAAGGAGAGAUUAUCUAAAGUUGUGGAUUCUGAGAGGGAGUACUUCCAAAUUUUAUCCAAUGUCAGAGAUUCAUCAUGGCCUCUUGUACUGAGCAACAAAGGAGGUAAUUACGAUGUCUCAGUACAGUAUAGUGCUCUAGGGGGGAUUUCCUUAGGCCUUGGUUUAGUUAGGAAGGAUCAAGAAAAGCAAAGCUACAAUUUUGAGUCUGGGCUUGUGCAUCAAAAAGCAAGCUUACGUGUUGAUUUAGUUUCAAGUACUGGAAAAAUCAUCGCUUCUUCAAAAUGGAACUGGAGUUGGGGAAUACAAGAAGAAGAAGAUCAACUGUUAGUAAAAAUUCAAAGUGCUCAACGAGUACUGCUAGAAAUGGAUGUUUGGAACGCUUUACUACAGGAAGCACAAAUCUGCGAAAAUCAAGGCGUAGUUUUCACGGGCGACACCAUUGUACUAUCUUGUAAUCCUGAAUUUUCUUUGCGAAUUUUCCUUGAUACAAACACAGAAGAAUCUCGGCAAGAUCCAGAAGCCGAUUUUUUGAAUGUAGAUCAGGAAGAAGAAUAUGAUUAUGAAACAAAAAAGCUAUCACAAAGGUGUUGUGAUGCAGUCAAUGCCAUCACGCACAUUUUAUUCUUACAGUAUUGCCGAAAUCCUAACAGAAAACUACAACAAGCGGAAUUGGCGAUGGUCAUUGACGCUUCGGCUCCUCAGAUUAUUCGUCCUCUAAUUUUUUACUACGCUAUUCAUGAGGAAGCUCGUCAAUUUCAAAACUGGUUGCAGAACGAGGGCAUAAAGUUUGAGUAUUUACCUUCCUAUCCUUGGGAAUCAGCACAAGACUUUUUAACCUUUGAAAAUUUUUUACUAACAAAUCGCUUAAGCUUACAGUGGUAUCUUGACCUUGAUUCAUCUUUACCAGCUCAUAUUCAGCAUAAUCCGACCUUGCACGGAACCGAAAAAACAGUUUGGAAGUAUAAAGAUGCCUACAAUUUCUAUAAAUUCUCUUCCGUAAAAAAUAUGUGUCAAUACAUAGAGCAUGCGCGAAAACAAAGGGGAGAAGUUGCUUCCAAUGCUAUUCAAGAAUAAAUAAUGUUAAUGUCAUAUGUAAUCAACAUUGAAGGGUUUAUAGUUAUCUAAAGUGUUAAAAAUCGUUAGAAGAUCAGUUACCGAUAUUAUUAUCUUCAUAAAGAAUGUGAGAAAGAAAAAUCAAUUCCUACUAGAGUAGCAA